UCUUACUACUCCGUGUUUUCUCGCUGCUCACCGUCCGCUCGCCGUUUCUCUUCAACUUCACUCAAACCCCUCGACGGACACCCGACCCGGUGAGGCCACCUACCAAACCCUGCUGCCCCGUUCUGCUCGAUUAAAUGCUUCUUUACGAAUUUGCCACUGAUUCGUUCCGUGCGGUCUUCAAAAUCAAAACCUGAACCCUUAGAAUUUGUGUUUUUCGUUAUAUUUUACUUGGUUGCUUAACCCCCUAUUCCGCCCGCCGCACCAAUCCACCUGCCACGCAACAUGCCCUUCUCCUUCAACCCUCACAACUACAGCAAACUGCAAAGAAUCGACAGCGACGACGACAACUUCAAAUUAGAAUCGUUCGAGGAGCGAAACCAGGACCCCUCGGCACAUCCUCCGCCCAGUAGAGAGCCCAAGCGAAAGAACACGCGAUGGAUGAUCUCCACCGUCCUGCUCUCCGUGGCCAUCCUGGCGGCCAUCAGUCUCCUAUCUCUUAAAUUUGCCCGUCCGCGCCAUCGUACGUCUGACUCAGCUACUUCAUCUGCGACAGAGCCCCAAAGCACCAUAGCGCCCCGGCCGUGCGGGACGUCGCCGCCCGAGGCCAGCGCCGCCGGAUGUAUAUACGACCUGAUGAUGAACUCGUGGCUUCCUCGGACCUGCUUCGACGAGGAGCUCACGAACGAGUUUCGCAGUCUUCGAGAGUGGCGGUUCUACGCGGAUGCAAAUGGCACGAAGUCACUGACCGAGGAGGAGCUGGCGUGGCGCACGGAGGUGGUCUACACAACGACGGACUAUCAUUAUACGCGCUGCGUGUAUAGUUUGCGGAGGGACCAGCGUGCCGGGGAGCGCGAGAGAGAUCUCGAGGUUCCUGUCGCGGUGGAGGGCAUGGCACCUUGCUCGGAUCUGUUUUUGAGUACGACUAAGCAGUUGAAUGAGACGAGCAGCGUCAUCAUCCUGGAGGGCACGUUGACAGCACUCUCCAUGGGCUACCCUUUAUGUGCUCGGCCCACGAAGAUGUGAGCCUCGGACAUGGACCGAGAUCUACCUCGCUUCAAUGUGGGUCUAGCUUCGUUCAUUGCCGCGAUUGGCGUGCGAUGUAUAUAUAUUCCGUAGUAUUCACAUAAGGCUACUGCUUUUCUCUACUUACGGCCAGCUUCAUUUUCAAGACCCUCAGGACCCCAACUUGAGAUUCACCCUAAAAGGUCUGCAU